GGAGAGGGAGCGAGGCAAGCAACGUUACCCAAAACAACUGCGUAGCCCGCUGCCAUCACGCUCUGAAACGCACGACAGGGGUUUAUUUUUUAUAUUUUUUUAUAUAUAUAUAUAUUUUUUGUCCAUUGCUUUAAGAAUCUCCCGCCAACAUGUCGGCCGCGUCCAGCGACCCGAAGAAGCGCGGCAAGAAGCGGUACGCGGCCGGGAACCGGCACGGCGGCAAGCGGUGGAGGGGCUGCCGGGAGCUGGAGGUGGGCAUGCAGGGCAUCCUCAUCACGUGCAACAUGAACGAGAAGCGGUGCACGGCGGAGGCCUUCAACCUGCUCAACGAGUACGCGGACGAGCUGCUCGGUCCCGAGAAGCUGCAAGACAACAAUGCGAGCAACAGUGAAAAGGAGGAGGAGGAGGAGGAGGAGGAGGCUGAAGAAGAUGUUGAUGUGGCGCUGAAGAAGGAAGUCUCCCAGCUGAAAACAUCUGGAGCCAAACAGGAGAGGCGCUUCCAGUCUUUAGAAAGCGGCGCAAACAAUGUCAUCUUCAUCAAAACUCAAAAUCUGGAAUCCGACAAGCUGGUUCAUCACAUCCUGUCUGAUCUCCAGGCAACCAAGAAGAAAAAAUCCCGCGUCAUCCUUCGGAUGCUACCGGUAACUGGAACAUGCAAGGCCUUCGAGGAAGACAUUCUGAAGUACCUGACUACGUUCCUGGAGCCUUGGUUCAAGACACCAAACUGCGGCACCUACCAGAUCGCCUUCAAGGCUCGCAACAGCAGCCACAACAAGAGAGAAGAAAUCAUCAAAGCCGUCGCAGGUCUCGUGGGGAAGCUGAACCCGAAGAACAAAGUCGACCUGACCAACCCGGAGCUGACGAUCAUCGUGGAGGUCAUCAAGGCGGUGUGUUGCGUCAGCGUGGUGAAGGACUACGCUCUGUUUAGAAAGUACAAUGUCCAGGAAGUGGUCAAGGAAGACGCGCCGAAGCCCGACGGGACGGCAGCGGCGCCGACGGAAACGAUCACAGCCGAGGAGGAGGAGGAGGAGGAGGAGAAGGAUGCGCUCGGCGCCGAGGAAGAGACGAAGGGAGACGGCAACGUGAAGGAGGACGAGAAGCAAGCAGAUGAGGACAAAGGGGACGGGGAGUAAAGGCUCAUGGUCGUUUUUCAUUUCUAGCAAGACGUCGUCUUUCAUUGUGACGUUGUGCUUUUGUUUUAAAAUUUAGUUUUUUUUCUUGACAAAAGAUUCUGAGUUUAAUCUUUUCUUUAUAUUCCUAAAGAUGUUUAUGAUACGUUGGGUACAAAGUGAAAUGUUCACUUUUGAAUGAAAAGGGGAUUCAUGUAUUUUCUGUACACAUCACCAUUUUGCAGCAUAACCGCCAUCAGGUUUUUAAUGCCAAAUUUGAUCAUUUUAACUCUGAAGCGGUCCCUAAAUUAAAGUUACCUGCUUGUUUGAACAAU